AAAGCGUCAGUGCAGUGAGCAGCACUAGGGCUGCAAGACCUAUUGUCAUGGAGAUGGUGGACAGCAGCAGUAAGGAGUCAGAGCAGGAACAUUCAGUCGUUUCUUCCGUGGUGUCGGGAACUGGUGGUCUGCCCCCCACACACCCAUUUGCAUGGUUCUGCUUCCUGUCCCAAAACUGUGAAAGUGCAAUCAUCAUGUGUGACUGACAGAUUCUAUGUUUUAGGUUCCGGUCUUUUGGCAGUGAUGGCUGAUCUAUAUCUGGUUAAGAAGUGGUUUUUUGCCAAGUUGGUGGCCCUGUACAUCCUGAUCAACAGCUCUGAGUCCACUGUGUUCCUGAGUGCACCAGAUGCUGUUACAGUUGAGCAAAAGUCUUCAGCUAUUGUCACCAUUUCCUCCAGCUCAGCUGUCAAUCAAUCGACAGUGAUUCACCUGAAUGUAACAUACAGCUCCAAGGACAACUAUUCAUCAAUUAUCAGACUUCCUGAACAGGUGUUCCUUCCAAAGAAGGCUACCUCGGUCAGUUUUACUGUGAUUACACAUGAUGUUGGUCAAGUGACCACAUACCUGUUGAGCAACAACACAGACCUGAACAAUCUGUCGCCCAGGAUCCGCUUUAUAGUGAUCCACAGCAGUGUCCUGUCAGUGGUCACUCAGGUGAUUGGCUGGAUUUACUUCCUGGCCUGGUCAGUGUCUUUCUAUCCACAAGCCUGGGAAAACUGGAAGAGAAAAAGUGUUGUUGGUCUCAACUUCGACUUCCUGGCUCUCAAUCUAACCGGCUUCCUUGCCUACAGUGUCUUCAACAUUGGCCUCUUCUGGAUACCUGACAUAAAGGAGGAGUUCCUUCAGAAGAACCCCAAUGGGAUUAAUCCUGUCAAUGCUAAUGAUGUUUUCUUCAGUCUGCAUGCUCUCCUGUUUUGUGUGAUCUACGUCAGCCAGGCUGCUCUGUAUGAGAGGGGGGGGCAGAAAGUGUCAUGGACAGCCAGGUUUUUGUUGCUGAUUGGUUGGACCUUUGCUCUAAUCAGUUUAUUUGUUGCUGUAGCCCAGAAGAUUACCUGGUUGGAGUACCUCUACUACUUCUCCUACAUUAAACUAGCUGUCACACUUAUAAAAUAUGUGCCACAGGUAUAUAUGAACUACAAGAGACAGAGCACUGAGGGCUGGAGCAUCGGCAAUGUCCUGCUGGACUUCACUGGUGGAGUUUUCAGUAUUCUACAGAUGAUCACUCAGUCUUACAACAACAAUGAGUGGAAGCUAGUGUUUGGAGAUCCCACAAAGUUUGGUCUUGGUCUGUUCUCUGUGGCGUUUGACAUCAUCUUCAUGACUCAGCACUAUUGUCUCUACAGACGGUCAGCACAGUAUGAAGACAUUUCAGAGCAACACGAUGACUGAUCCAAAUGCAGUGCUACAACCUAAGGGAGCCAAGAGUGAGGGAUUUAAUUUAAGUCGAAAUGUUAGUUCUUUGAAUGCUGUUAUUGUUUAUUAGUUCCAGGAGAGAUGUUAAAAACUGGUAUCUGAUUUAGCUCUUCAGAGCUCCACGGACCUUCUUCUGAACAACCUCUGAGAAAUCCAACCUAAGAUGUAUAUUUGCAUGAUGAAAUUCCUAUUUUUGAACACACCACGUAAGCCUGUAACUUCAAUAUGUAAUUAAUAGUAUGCGUUAACAGUCUCUAUUUUCUGUCAUAUGUUUGAAUUGAAUGUCAGAUUUUUUUCAUUAAACACCGAGAAUGGUCCUGCC